UGUGCACUUAGCUAUAACAGCUAGCUAUCAGUUCACAUAGAUGUGAUCUAGAAUUCGAACCAUAAUAGUAUUACAUGUACAGUUACUGUAUAAUAUAUAAAGGCAUCAGCUAGUUCUAUAGUGCAUUUGAAACAAUAUUGAAAUGAUCAUGAAAUUGCAACUGCUGAUGAUCUGCUCUAUCCUUGGUCUGGGGUCAGCCUGGAACCAACCCAGCACCUGCUAUGUGAGACAGUCUUCAUGCUCUGGGGACUCGGAGGUCAAAGAGGACAUCAGAAGGAUAAGAGAAACUUUAGAGAGCUCAUUAGUAUCAAUCAGUGCUUCUCUGGAACAACUUGUUACUCAACAGUGUGCAGAGGCUGUAACUACCGACCCUCCAACAGAAUCAGCUGCAACUACCGAGAUACCUUCUACAAUAGGAACAUUUGAUGAUCCAGCAAGCUCUUGUAGUGACAUCCCUCAAGACAGACCAUCUGGAGAAUACUGGAUUGCCACUGACAGUACUAGCUCUCCUGUUCAGGUCUACUGUGACAUGAAUCGAACAAGCUGUAGCUGCAACACUGCAGGAGGAUGGAUGAGGAUAGCCAACCUUGACAUGACCGAUCCCAACCAAAACUGCCCAGAAGGAUUCAACGAACGAUUUAUUCAAUCUCCAACUACACCCACUCGUAUUUGCGGCAGGGUUCGGCCAACAGCUGGGUGUGUGUCCACCACAUACCCUACACAUGGCGUACCAUUUUCUAUUAUCUGUGGAAGAAUCACUGGAUAUCGUGAGGGCUCACCUGAUGGCAUAAGGAACAAUAGCGUAGACGAUAUAUAUCUUGACGGUGUCAGUCUCACGUACGGAAUGUUGCCACGGGAACACAUCUGGAGUUUUGUUGGUGGGGAAAUCAAUUCCGGUUCAACUGUCCCUUCGUUUGUGGGUAAUGAUUAUUUUUGCGGCAUUAACGAUAUCCCAGAGCCGAACUGGGCUGCCCCACAAUCAUCUUGCACACAUAACUGCUGUAUAAUCAACAAUCCACCGUGGUUCUGUAAGCAACUCCCUCAACCGACUACAGACAAUAUCGAGUUGAGGAUUUGUGGUGAUGAUGGUAUUGUUAACGAAGACACACCCAUCGAGCUCGUUGAGAUCUAUGUACGCUGAUCUUGCGCUAAUUGCAUGCAUUUUUUGCAAUGCCUCAUUGACUUUAAUUAUACAUUCUGUGCAUUUAGUAAUCCAUGCAGAAAUUGUUACUGACACACACCCA